GAGGAGGAGGAGGAGGAAGGUCUGCAGGUGAUCAGGACAUUUGCCUGUCAAAACGGUCAUGACAUUCCUUCGGUUAGCGGCGCGAAGCUGCAGAACUCUGACCGAUCUUCGUUGUCCGCCUGGCGGCUUCAUGACCUGCAGAAGCACCGUUUCAUACAUCCAGGGCCAGAGUCCCGAACCCCGCAUCAGGGAGUAUUUCUACUACAUCGACCAUCAAGGACAGCUUUUUCUCGAUGACACUAAAGUGAAGAACUUUGUCACCUGCUUUAAAGAUAAACAGUUCUUGGUUUUCUUCUUCAGUCGCCUGCGGAUAAAUCAGAGCGGGCGUUACGAGGACAAUUUUCCUUUCCUGUCUCUGUGCGGUAGAGAGAGGAACUUCCUGCGCUGUGACGACAAGCCGGUGGUUUUCACGCACCUGUUGCCCAACCCAGCAGGAGACCAGGAGCUGCUCUCGUAUUGUGGCGGCGCAGAGAAGCUCUCUGUUCCUUUCCAACCAGAGGCGCUGUACAUGCAUCCAGUCAGCGGUCGGGUUUAUCAUCCUGGACUAGAGCGCUCAGGCGGGGUCGGACUGGUCAGGUCGUCCCUGGCCAUAGAGCUCAGUCCCAGCUUUGUUUAUCCACCAGAGAGUGGCCAGUCGGGACAGCCCACACACUUUCUGUGGAAAGGACAGAAGCACAGACUGACCAAUGAGCUGGCAGGAUGCUUCCCAGCAAUAGAAGAUGGCAGUGGACAGCAGGGGAAGCUGAGAUGAUCUUCAAAACUGUUAAUAAAAUCUAAAGUAUCCGUUUUCAUCUCUGGCAAGCUAAAAGCUGCUGCUGUAGUUCAGCUCUGUGUAUUCAUGUGAGAGAACAGUACAGUGAUAAGAUUGCAUCUCGUGUUGCAUUGUUCCGCUUUGAGUUUGGUCUUAAUCAAUAACAACAAAUCCCCAAGGGGCAAUUUGAAAAAUGAAGGUUGUAUUUUCUCUUUUGUUUUGCUUAUUUUAUGUCCUCACAUUGUUGUAAAAUAACAAAAUUACUGCUAAAUGUUGAAAAAGUUGCCAAAUAAAGGUGGCGUGAACUGAA